AUGGCUAGUUCCCCACAAUUAACUAAACAAAGUCCAAUCGAUGAUGACAAGGCUGAAGACGACUGGUCAGGUCUAACCGACCCGGCAGAACGCCGCAGACGACAAAAUCGAAUUAAUCAGCGUGCCCGCCUCGCCUCCGCGCCCCCAUCCUCCGCGACCGCACUUGUCCGCUCGAAAGAGAGUAGCGCCCUGGAGAAUGGCGAUCGGCGCUUCAAAAACGAUUUUCUACGCGCCUUGAUGAAUAGAUUCACCAGUACGGCAUAUGAAAGCUAUAUAACCGGCUCACCGACCUCGGAUCACCUCUUAACCCUCACCAAAGUCAAUGUUUUUCGCGCAUUUGGGAAUAACCUUCGCAUGGCUGGGGGCUGCUUGGACAAUAUGGACGAUGACUCGAUCUCUCACUUCAAUACGGAGGCACCGAGGAAUAAAUUAUUGGAAGACAAUAUGCCGGUUAGCUUGCGACCGACGCGAGUUCAAAAAGCCAUACCACACCACCCCUGGCUAGACUUCUUCCCUCUACCUAGAAUGCGCGACAACAUGAUCCAAGCGGGCGAUGAAUGGGAUGAUGAAAAACUUUGCACUGAUAUAAUGGGAUUCUGGAAUAUAGGUUCCGCAGAGAACUCAGGUCUGAUCGUCUGGGGUGAACCGUGGGAUAUCAAUAAUUGGGAGCUUACCGAAGCCUUUCUCAAGAAAUGGGCUUGGAUUGUACGUGGGUGCCCCGAGUUGAUGAUAUCCACGAAUAAAUGGCGGUCAAAGCGGGGAGAGAAGCCCAUUUUCCGCUAUAUCUAA